AGGAGUGACGAACCGUAACAUUAUUGUAAAAAUAAAAGGUUGAAAAAGAAUACAUAUAUACAUAUAUAUAUAUAUAUAAUACAUAUAUAUACAUAUAAAGGCGGCAGCCUUUGCCGUUUCUCUUCUUCUUCUUCUUCUUUUUUUUUCGCGCGGUGAACGGCACCCCUUCAACUUGAGAAGAUGCGGUCCAGCCUGUUACUCCUGUGCACCCUCUUUCUCGUGUCCGCUUUUGGAGACCCGAUAAGGAUAAAAAAAGAAGCGCCGUUAAACCCACCCCCGAGCCAAUACGCUCCCCCGGCUACCUCUUACGGAGUUCCCAUAGGAUCCACUUACAACGUGCCCUCUGAUUCCUACGGCGCUCCACCGCCGCCCCCGCAACCCCCAUCCCCCUCCUACGGCGCCCCAUCCUCCUCCUACGGCGCUCCAUCGGCUCCUUCCUCCUCUCACGGCGCCCCAUCCUCCUCCUACGGCGCUCCAUCGGCUCCUUCCUCUUCCUACGGCGCCCCAUCCUCUCACGACGCCCCAUCCUCCAGCUACGGCGCUCCAUCGGCUCCUUCCUCCAGCUAUGGCGCCCCAUCCUCCAGCUACGGCGCCCCAUCCUCUCACGGCGCCCCAUCCUCCAGCUAUGGUGCUCCAUCGGCUCCUUCCUCCUCCUACGGCGCCCCAUCGGCCUCAUCCUCCUCUCACGGCGCUCUAUCGGCUCCAUCCUCCAGCUAUGGAGCCCCAUCCUCCUCUUAUGGAGCCCCAUCCUCUUCCUACGGCCCUCCAUCGGCUCCUUCCUCCUCCUACGGCGCCCCAUCGGCCUCAUCCUCCUCUCACGGCGCUCCAUCGGCUCCAUCCUCCUCUUACGGAGCCCCAUCCUCCAGCUACGGACCCCCAUCUUCCUCUUACGGAGCCCCAUCCUCCAGCUACGGCGCCCCAUCGGGUCACGGUUCCUUGGGAGGCGAUCAAGGGUACGGGAGCGGCGGGGGUUCGUUGGGAAGCGGGCACGGGGGAGGUGGAGGGUUGGGGAGCUCGUACGGGCCACCAGCCCAAUCCUACGGCCCCCCUCAAGGCCCCCAGGGUAGAUGGGAGAAGAAGCUGACGUGGAAGGCGGAAUGGAAGCGGAUCUGGAAGACGGAGCAGAAGCUGGCUUGGAAGCAGGAGUGGAAGAAGGUGCAGGUGCCGGUGUGGAAGGAGGUUCAGGUGCCCGCGUGGAAGGAGGUGAAGGUGCCCGUUUGGAAAAAGGUUCAGAAACCGGUGUGGAAGGAGGUUCAGGUGCCGGUGUGGAAGGAGGUGCAGGUCCCCGCGUGGAAGAAGGUUUGGAAGCCGGUGUGGAAGGAGGUGCAGGUCCCCGCUUGGAAGGAGGUGCAGGUGCCCGAUUGGAAGAAGAUCUGGGUCCCGGAAUGGGUGAAGAUAGGCAUACCGGGUGAACAGUACGUGGGGAAGGACCAGCACGGGUGGCAGUACACGAGCCACGACCUCUGGAAGAAGAAACUGAUAUGGAAACCCGUGUGGAAGAAGGUGUGGAGGACGGAGAAGAAGCAGGUGUGGGUGAGCGAGAAGAAGUUGGAGUGGAAGGCCGAGUGGAAGCAGGUGUGGAGGACGGAGAAGAAGCAGGCGUGGGUGGCCGACAAGAAGCUCGUGUGGAAGGAGGAGUCGGUGCAGGUUUGGGUCCCGGAGAAGAAACAGAUUUGGGUGACGCAGAAGAAGCAGGUGUGGAAGGACGAGUGGAAGAGCAAGUGGGUGCCCGUUUGGAAGGACGUGCAGGUACCGGCGUGGAAGAAGGUAUGGAAGCCCGUUUGGGAGAAAGUUUGGGUGCAAGUCGAACCCCACCGCGACGAGCAUCACGGCUACGAGUAACCUAUUCUCCCCCACUCCUAUUCCUCUCUCUGUUUCUUCCCCCACUCCUAUUGCUCUCUCUAUCUCUUCCCCCACUCCUUCGACAUCUCUCGGUAAAGUUCGGUCGAAUUCGUUUCGUUAGCGCGGCAGGGAGAGGGGGAUCGAAGGUCCUUUGUCUUUGAGCUCGUCGAGAGAAGAAUUGGAAUACCGCCACGAUGCGAUUGCGGUGGAACGUAGAAAUAAAAGUAGCUCCUCUUUCUUGCGAAAGGAAUGGAGCUACUUGGAAGAAAGAGAAGAAGAAUUUAUUUUAGACGAAGAUUCGAAGAUUCAUUGUCCGCGAGAUUAUUUCGAUCGAAUGAUAUUUUCUCGUUUCUUUUUUUUUUUUUUUUUAGA